AUGUACAACAACGACAAACCUUGGUUUUCACCAAACCUCAGGAGGCUGCGCAAAGUCAAGGAGUAGGUCUAUAGGAGCGGCGACCCGGACCUGUUCAAGCAGACCAGAAACACACUGAACCGAGAGGUCAGGAAAGCCAGGAAGUGUUACAGGGAGAGCCUGGAGAGACACCUCUCUGUCAAUCCUGAUCCCUCAACGGUGUGGAAAGGUCUGCAGAGCAUCACGGGCUUCAAGAAACAACCCCCCCAUCCUGUGGAGAGCCCAAGGCUUGCAAACCAGCUAAACAGAGGCCGCACCCGCACUCCAGAUCUGCGAGGAGGAAGUGCGCCAUAUGUUCUGGAGACAAAAGAUCAGGACGGCACCGGGCCCAGACGGCGUGUCACCUUCCUGCUUGAAAGUCUGUGCUGAACAGCUGGCACCCAGUUUUGCACGGAUCUUCAACCGUUCCCUGGAGCUGUGUGAGGUGCCCUCCGUGCUUCAAGAGCUCCACCAUCAUACCGGUGGUCAAGAAGCCCGCCAUCACAGGUUUGAAUGACUAUAGACCUGUCGCUCCGACAUCUGUGGUCAUGAAAUCUUUCGAGAGGUUAGUGUUGAACCACCUGAAGGAUGUCACGGACCCCCUGCUUAACCCCUUCCAGUCGGUGGUGGUUGUGGUCAACAUGGGACUGCACUACAUCCUGCACCGCCUGGACACCCCAGGAACGUACGCCAGGAUCCUGUUUGUGGACUUCAGCUCGGCGUUCAACACCAUCGCUGCUGACAUCCUCCAACAGAAGCUCAUCCAGCUCGCGGUGCCUGCCUCCACCUGUCAGUGGAUCACCAGCUUUCUGACCAACAGGAGACAGCGUGUGAGGCUGGGGACCAUCAUAUCUGACACCCGGACCACCAAUACUGGUGCCCAUCAGGGGUGUGUCCUCUCCCCACUGCUCUUCUCUCUCUACACCAACAAUUUAUCCUCAGGUGACUCUCCUGUGAAGCUCCUGAAGUAUGCAGACGACACCACUCUCAUCGGACUGAUCGGGAACGGUGACGAGUUUGCGUACAGACAGGAGGUGGAGCGGCUGGUCUACUGGUGCAGCCAAAACCACCUGGAGCUGAACCUGCUCAAGACCGUGGAGAUGACAGUGGACUUCAGGCGAGACCCUUCACCACUUUCACCCCUCACUAUCCGCAGUAAUACUAUUCUCUCCACAGACACCUUCAAGUUCCUGGGAACCACAAUCUCUCUGGACCUGAAAUGGACCGGCCACAUAGACUCUGUCCGGAAGAAGGCCCAGCAAAGGCUGUACUUCCUGAGACAGCUCAAGAAGUUCAACCUGCUGUGGGAGCUGCUGAAGACCUUCUACACUGCCAUCAUUCAGUCUGUCCUCUGCACCUCCAUCGCUGUCUGGUUUGGAUUGGCCUCCAAACAAGACAAGCACAGACUGCAGCGGACAAUCAGGACUGCAGAAAAGAUAAUAGGAAUCAACCUCCCAUCUAUCCAAGACUUGUACCUGUCCAGGACCAGGAAACAUGCAAGUAACAUCUCUACAGACCCCUCUCCCCCAGGUUGCAGUCUGUUCGAACUAUUCCCCUCCGGACGUUAUAGAGCUCUGUACGCCAAAACCAGCAGACACAGAGACAGCUUCUUCCCCCUCUCAGAGUCAUUGCUGUGGUCUCUUCUCAAGGUUUCUCAUUUACCCUAGUUGGAGUUUUGAGUUUUUCCUUGCCCGACUGGGAGUUUAAGAUCAGGGAAUGUUUGAGAAUAUUUAUCAUUUUUCACACGUCCUGAGUGUUGUUAGUCACCUAAAUGUUGAACAGAGGCUGUGAUGUACCGAAGUCAAAUUUCCAGUUUGGCACGCUCAAACAUGGCAAAUAAAAAUUCUUGAAUCUC